AUGUAUACCCAAUACAAGCUAUUGGAUUUGGUGGAGGGGAAGGAGAAAAUGCCGGAGGCCGCGGAGCUGAAAGGAGCGUGGAUGAAGAGAUCGUUUGACGCGUACAUGCUAAUGUCGUGGUCUGCCCUUGCGAUCAACCUCAACUCUCAACAGCCCAAGUGGAGCGUGGAUUACAUUCACGCACACAUCCUAGAGGAGGACCUGCGGCGUCGGAGUGUGGAGCGCUCGGAGGAGGGGGCUGGCUAUGGAGUUAGAGGUGGAAAGAGUGGCUUCAAGAAAAAGUGGAAGGGCAAGAACAAGGAUAACCCUAAGGAGGAUGGCGGCGGGGGUCAAGGGGAGGUGUGCUUCUACUGCAAGAAGCGCGCACAUAGUUGGCGGAAGUUCUACCAACGACCCAAGGAUUGGACCCCGCCUUCAUCAAGCAACCAGCGUGGUGGCACGAGGAGCGGGGGAGUCAUGGGAGCUAGUGGAGAGGAGAAGGAUGAGGAGAAAGGCGGCAAAUCUGAGGAGCGGAAGGCCGGGUUCUUCUUCUUUCUGAACGAAGGCGCAACCGACCCCGCUAUGGCUGCCAAGGGCUAA